AUGGAGGUGGAGACUGCGAUGCCUCCUCCGGCGGCCGGGCCGGACCGCGUGGAGACCGCCUCGCGGGAGCCGAGCCGCACGGGGGCCUCCUCCUCGCCGUCGCCGGCGGCCGGAGGCGAAGCGAAUGGCGCGGCGACCAAGGUGCAGAAGGUCUACCGGAGCUACCGGACCAGGCGCAAGCUCGCCGACUCCGCCGUCGUCGUCGAGGAGCUCUGGUGGCAAGCGCUGGACUUCGCGCGGCUCAACCACAGCACCGUCUCCUUCUACGACGACCCGGAGCCGGAGACCGCCGCCUCGCGCUGGAACCGCGUCAGCCUCAACGCAUCCAAGGUGGGGCAGGGUUUAUCCAAGGACGCCAAGGCUCUCAAGCUGGCUUUCCAGCACUGGAUCGAGGCUAUUGAUCCAAGACAUAGGUACGGGCAUAACCUGCAUUUCUACUAUGAUGUCUGGUGCCAGACCCAGGCUGGCCAGCCCUUCUUCUACUGGCUUGAUAUUGGUGAGGGAAAAGAUGUAGAUCUUCCAGAAUGUCCAAGGGCUCGGCUGAAGAAGCAAUGCAUAAGAUAUCUUGGUCCGCAAGAGCGCGAGUUCUAUGAAUACAUCAUUAAAGAGGGAAAGAUUAUCCACCAGAUAUCUGGUGAGGCACUAGAUACAAGCCAGGGCCCUAAAGGGACAAAAUGGAUUUUUGUUAUGAGCACCGCAAAGAAACUUUAUGCUGGGCAGAAAGAGAGAGGUGUAUUCCAGCACUCCAGCUUUUUAGCAGGAGGUGCUACUAUCGCUGCUGGAAGGUUUACUGCAGAAAAUGGAGUUAUCAAGUCCAUCUGGGCUUAUAGUGGACAUUACAAACCGAGUGCUGAGAACCUUAGCAACUUCAUGAGCUUUCUAGAAGAGAAUGGAGUUGAUCUGAAAGAAGUUGAGGUACGCUCAUCCACCAAGGAAGACUACUAUGAAGAUCCAGUGCUUAAUAGCAAACAGAACCCUGCUGCGGCUGCUAUCAUGCCAUCCAAUCCUCCCCAACUGAUUCUCCCUUCCAACAUGGUAGAAGAAGACAAGGCAUCUGGGCCAUCUUCUCAGACUGAAGCUGAUGAGGUCAACGAUAAUCUCCGUGUGGAGAAAGCAAGGUCGGCCUACCAAAGAACCUUAUCAGGUGGUCUGCAAAGCCCCAGGGAUGUCGGCGUCUCCCAGGAUGCAAUUCUUGAGAGGGCGAACUCCAAGAGCAAGUCAAAAUCCUAUCAGCUCGGCCACAGGCUGUCCCUGAAAUGGAGCACAGGAAAUGGUCCGAGAAUCGGGUGUGUGAGGGAUUACCCAAUAGAGCUCAGAAUGCAAGCGCUGGAGAUGGUACAACUCUCACCAAGAGCGUCGACUCCUCCGGCCUCGUGGAGGGUGCCAUCAUGCCUGUCCCCCACCUCGCCGACGUCGCCUCUCGUGGCAAUGCAGGCCUCCCUGCCCCAGCCAAGUUAG